AUGGUAGUCGGACUUUCGUGUGUUUAUGACUCCGUGAGUGGAGAACCAAACACAGAUAUCGUCGACAGAGUCUGCAAUGGGGACAAGUUUGGCCCGUCCAGUCCUCACAAUUAUUAUCGAGCUGGUCUUCUACAGGAUUUAGCAGUGAACACCGCCACCAAGGGCUACGACUACUAUGACACAAAUUCCCAGUUUCCAGAGCUUUGUUAUGGCCAUGUUGCAUGCAAUACUGAACUUUCACAGUCUGAAUGCGUUUACUGCUUACGAGUAUGUGAGGAGAUACUUGGCAAAUUGUGUUACUGGAGCCUCGGUUAUCAGGUUCAACUCGAGGAUCGUCGGCUUUGGAUCAAGCAAUACUAUUUUGACAACAAUUAG